GAAUACAAAUCCGUCUUGUUUAUGGAGCUCAUGGGAUUUUGAUAAAGCGAGGGGUCACCUUAUGGCCAUUCAGCGACAAGAUAGAAUGGAAGAAGUUUAUCGACGAGGGAUCAUUGUGGCAAGUAACGUACCACGCGAAACUUAUCUUGAGUUUUGCAAUAGAGAACCAAAGGUUUCUGUUAAAUACCGGCUCAUUGAUGGGAAAGUCAUAGCCCACGACCUACCUCUAGAUCCUCAUUCAACAGUACAAGGAGUAUUAACUGGUGAGAUGUAUAAUUGGAACCAUCGCGAACUCCGGGUUAUGGGCGAAACGGAUAUCACUGUGAACAUGAGAGAUGUGUAUCGUCCAGAUGCUUGUAUUCGACCAAUACAACGUCGACAACCUUCACAAAGGCAGGCAGUCAAUCCAAGCGGUAACCCAUACCCAACAAUGGUCAUAGAAAUUGGUAGCACAGAAAGCCUAAACAGUUUGCAUGAGCUGGCAACAGGAUAUUUUUCUCCACGCACCAAUAUUCAAAU